GCUACCACUGUCAACUCACAUUCCACACCCUCCCGGAAAUCCAUUUUUUUCUUCUUUUUGUUCUUUGGUUCAAAAAGAAGUCAAAUAUCUCUUCUUUACUUCUUCGUUCCCUUGGGAAGGUUAUUAUGGACUACACCAUGGAAGACACUCAGAACUCCGCUCCUGAGGCCCGUGAGGCGUCUAAGCUGAACUCAGCACCUCAGCGGAGUGACAGCCAAAGUGUGACCAAACGCCUUCAAGCCGAACUGAUGCAGCUCAUGCUCUCGCCUUCCCCUGGUCUCUCAGCAUUUCCCAACGCCGAUGGCAACAUGCUUUCCUGGACUGCCACCAUCACCGGACCGAACGAGACUCCCUAUGAAGGCUUGACAUUCAAACUCUCGUUUGCCUUCCCUAACAAUUACCCCUACUCUCCACCAACCGUGCUUUUCAAGACGCCUAUCUAUCACCCUAAUGUCGACUUCUCUGGCCGAAUCUGUCUAGACAUCUUGAAAGACAAGUGGAGUGCCGUGUACAAUGUGCAAAGUGUCCUCCUGAGUCUCCAAAGCUUGCUAGGGGAGCCAAACAAUGCAAGCCCCCUCAACGCUCAGGCGGCCGAACUGUGGGAUACCAAUCAGGAAGAAUACAAACGUCAUGUCCUUGCGAGACAUCGCGACGUUGAGGAUAUCGAGUAAAGUGUAGUGACUUUGGACGGCCGUUGCCGCGGCGUGGCGUUUAGGACAGACCGUGUUUCUUUUGGAUGCAUUGCAUAGGGUCUGUGCGUCUUCGUUUCUUGAGACGUCUCUCGGGAGACUUAGAUCACUCCUGCAUUUUGGCUCGGGGGUAACGGUUCAAUGCAUAACGGAUACAUUUG